AUGUCAUCGUCAAAUGACGGUGAAGGAUUCUUAAAUCUGAAAAUUAGCAAAGAAGGCAAAUUAGUCGCCCAGGAUCCUCAUAGUGUUCAAAGUGCUCCAGUCUCAUCACGAUUCGGUUGGUCAACCCACAACUGUGGUUGCACAGAGUCGAAAACCGGUCUCGUUCUCUAUCCAAACGAUGUUAGAUUUAAAAAUAUUGUAUUAUUAGUUUGCGCGAAGUGUUACGGAUAUACUGGACGAAAAACACAACACCAAGAGCUGGCUGACUGGUACUAUGGCAUUUACGGGGAUUCAAAAUCAUUCUCCUUUACUUCUGGAUUUUCACAAAAGGGAAACAAUGAACUUGGUUUCAAUAGCAGUUCUAUGAACUGUAACACCACGAGUCGAUAUCACACAAUUGAUCGGACAAUGGGAGAGUUGGAACAAGAGGCUGUUCGAAAAGUGGUUCGCGGACAAUUAAACUCGUUUGAUAUCUGUAGCACCUCAACCAGGUACAGUGAAGCACGAGAUUAG